GCGGGGCGCGGCGGGCGGGGCAGCGGCGGCAGCACCAUGUCGGAGGCGGCGGUGGCGGACACCCGGCGGCUGAACGCCAAGCCGCAGGAUCUGACGGACGCGUACGGGCCCCCCAGCAACUUCCUCGAGAUCGACAUCUUCAACCCGCAGACCGUGGGCAUGGGCCGCGCCAGAUACACCAGCUACGAGCUCCGCAUGCGGACAAACCUCCCAAUCUUCAAAUUGAAGGAGUCGUGCGUGAGGAGACGAUACAGCGACUUCGAAUGGCUGAAGAAUGAGCUGGAACGAGACAGUAAGAUUGUAGUGCCACCGCUGCCUGGAAAGGCUUUGAAACGACAGCUUCCCUUCCGAGGAGACGAAGGCAUCUUUGAGGAGUCCUUCAUUGAGGAGCGGAGGCAGGGACUAGAGCAGUUUAUUAACAAAAUUGCUGGACACCCACUGGCACAGAAUGAGCGCUGCUUACAUAUGUUCCUGCAAGAGGAGACUAUCGAUAGGAAUUACGUCCCAGGAAAAGUGCGCCAGUAGGAGCACCUGGCACUGUCUUCCUCCAUUCCACCCUCCCUCCUGCAAAAAUGACAUUUAUUUUUACACUAAAUCUGUCUUCUCUGAACCAGCUUUUCCUCUCUUGAACCUCCCAGUUUGUUCAGUAUUUUCCUCUUUUGUAACUGGCAGCAGCUUGUUUUACUGGGCUGUGGUCUUGGCCUAAAGGUAUGAAGAUUUAUGCAAGUGAGCGUGUUGUCCCGCACCUAGGGGCAGAUCUUGUAGGUGUGGAGCAGGAACUUGCUUAUGGCGUUAUGGUGUAGGAGCUGCCGCUCUCCCUGUACAGGAAGGUAUGAGAUGACCUUCGCUCCCCUGUCCGUGCAGCCCCAAGCAUCUCCGAAGGAGACUCUGAAGAGUAGCAGUUGUCAUGUUGGUCAGUGAUUGCAUCAGGUGUUAGAGUUUUAGUAAGGCUUAUCCAAAACAGUGAGUAGGUGCCUGGGUGUGUUGGUCUCUUGUCCACCCCAUUCACCCUGCAUGAAACCCCUGUUCUUCACUGUCUGGAAGUGCUGAGACCCAAGACCUACUCUGACCCUGCACUCAGCCUCCUGCAUUACCGACCCAUUUGGUGUAUUCAUGUUAAUUCCCCUCCUUUCUACCGUGCUGCUGGCAGCUCGAGGGGUUUCCAUGACGCGUGCUCUCAUGAUGCUCUGCGUGGGCAGUUUGGUGUGUGGAAGCUGAGAUGGCCUGGGCUGUAGCCGUGUGUGCUGGCAGGCCUUGGCCCAGGGUUUAACAAACGCCACAGCUCGCUGUGCCACGGGCUGGUGUGUGGUGCUUCCAACAGCACCCUGCUCAGAUGAGCCGUGGUGACCCUGUUCUGCGCCCCGGCUGCAGAGGGGAGAAGGUGGGUCUGGCUGAGGAGGAGCAGGAGUAGGGGCUGGUGGGGCGUGCGGCCGUGAUGGCUGCUACAGGAGGAGCCCAGCAGCUGGAGCUGGGGUGAGGAAACAACAGGAAAUUGUCGGUCAGUCCCAGUUGGACAUUUGCUUACAAAGCUGGAGAAUUAAUGAUGAUUUUGUGUGUUCUCCCCUGUUCUGCAGCAAGGUGAGCAGUUACUUGUGCGGAAGCGAGGACGCGAGGCUGGUCAGGGGAGCGUUUAGAGCUCGAGGUGGUGACUUUGUCCUUUGGAGGCCCCUCCAGGUGCCACAGGUGUGAUGAAUGCGGUCGGGCCUCAGCUCCGGGGCUUCUCAGGUCGAGGCUGGCAGGUUGAUAAGCGCUUGGUCACUUUGUGGUGGCACAGUUAAGGCUUUCUUGGAGCACAGGACUGCCAGGCACGUCCCCAACGCCUCCCCAACGUCUCCUGGGCUUUCUGGUGAGGAACUGGUGCUGCUGGGCGAGAGGUGGCUCUCGGGGAGGAGAAGUCGCUGAAACCGGGAGGGGCUGCGGGGCAGCGCAGGGGCCGGUGCUGGCGGGGGGCUCAGGGUUCGUCCCCGUUCCCCGGUGGCCCCUUCCCCUGCCCGUCCCGCCGCGGGGCUGCCGUCACCCAGCUCUCCCCACCCUGUCCAGUGUAACGUCCCGGUUCUGUUCGCAUUAAAC